AUCCAAACUAAAAGUUUUUAUCAGUCGUGUCAGACGUGCACACGCGACAAGUGGUUCAAUUAGUUUUUUGCUGAUAAUUGACUAUGAAAAAACAAGACGACUAAAUCAAAAGUUGCUGUUAUUUUACUAUUUUUACUCAUAGAUAAUUUAAAAACGCCCUUUUGUAUUAUUUUGAUAAAGUCAAGAUGGAAAACAAAUCGAAAAGAAAGUGUCAACCUAGUGCUUUUCAAUACUGUACAGCCAAAUUUCAAAAAGUUGACAUGGAUAGUGUUAUACUCAAAUUGCCUGAAUGUCAAGAAAAGUCUCUUGAAGCAUAUGAAGAAAUCAAAGAAGAUUUGGAGGAGGGUGUGAUUGACGAUUUAGAAGAAAAGAAGAGACAGAAAAUUCAAAAAAAAUUUUGGAUAAAGCGAUAUCAGCUCUUUAGCAAAUUUGAUCAAGGAAUAAAACUAGAUUAUGAAAGCUGGUUUUCAGUUACACCUGAAAAAAUAGCAAGACAUAUAGCAGAGCGGUGUAAGUGCAAGAUAAUUAUUGAUGCUUUUGCUGGAGCUGGAGGAAACACUAUUAAUUUUGCACAGACUUGUGACAGAGUUAUAGCGAUAGAUAUUGAUCCAAAAAAAAUAGAUCUAGCUCGUAAUAAUGCAAAGAUUUAUGGAGUAGAACACAAAAUAGAGUUUUUAAUAGGAGAUUUUUUUGAAUUAGCACCAAUGUUAAAAGCUGAUGUAGUAUUUUUAAGUCCUCCGUGGGGUGGUCCAUCAUACAUAAACAAAAGUAUUUUAAAUUUGGAAAAUAUCAUGAGUCCUUAUGGUGGUGAAAAACUAUUAGAGCAAGCACGAAAAAUAACAAAGGAAAUUGCAUAUUAUUUACCAAAAAAUAUCAAUAAACAGCAAUUAGCAAUUGCUGCAGGUCCAAAUUGUAAAGUUGAAAUAGAAAGUAAUUACCUAGAUGAUAAAAUAAUUGCUAAGACAGCUUAUUACGGCAAUUUACUCAGAGUUUAGUUUUGUUGACUACUUUUACAUGACUUUUUUGUAUAGAAAAUAGGUUUGAAAACAUCAAAGAAAAGUUUUUUGAUAAUUUUACAUGCUAAAAUUUUUUAAUAC